AUGAAGGAACUUGUGUCGUUGUUGUUAGUGGUGGGAGUGUUAGCUAUAGGACUACCUCAAGUGCAACCGCAGCUCGUCUGCUACCAGUGCGAGGACUGUGAGUUCCAGCAGGAGAUCCCGGUGGUUUGUGGUGAGCCCGACUACACGACCACGUCCAUCCCAACCGAUACCACGUGUCCAACGUGUGCCCCCCCACCGACACUACCGACCACACCCGAACUGACCACCGCGACAACGGACGUCACGUGUCCUACCUGUGCUCCGACGCUACCCACGACCCCAAUGCCAACAACGCCCGUACCGGAAACAACCUGUCCAACGUGUGCUCCAACACUACCCACGACCCCAAUGCCAACAACGCCCGUACCUGAAACAACCUGUCCAACGUGUGCUCCAACAUUACCCACUACACCGAGCCCAACCACUCCAACACCGGAAACGACAUGCCCAACAUGUGCUCCGACACUCCCAACUACACCAAUUCCGACAACAUCGACUCCGAUUCCCACGAUUACGACACCGGAACCAACGUGCCCAACCUGUGCACCGGAACCGACCUGUCCAACGUGUGCUCCUGAACCAUCGCUACCGACGACACACGAACUGACCACCGCAACUCCGACUCCGACGAUUCCGACGACGCCAACACCACCACCACCGGUUUGCCCUGCCGGGUGCUGUCCAUGUGGUACCGCUCGCGCCACGUCCGUCUUUGCGAUGGCAGCCCGUGCCGCUAAAGCGUCGCUGUUGGAUGAGUUUGAGGAGGAGAUCCGUUCAACGCGACAGCUCCCACUGCCGGUGUACGUGUGCUUUACCACGGAACGGAUGGUGAGCAACCGGCGCGUGAUCAGCAGGGGAUGUACCAAGCGGCAGCAAUCGGUAACGGAAACCUGCAGCCAGCUCACCGGUGGCCAAUCGUACGAUCAGUGUUCGCUCUGCUCCUGGCAGCUCUGCAACCGAUAG